GGUAAUGCAGACACCGAUGGCCGGUUUUGUGGCUUCGAUUUGGUUUUGUGGCACUGACAUUCGUGUGGCUGAAAAGUCUCGGGAUGUGUCUACACAUGGGAAUUGAUGAUACAACGGCAACAGAUCUAGCCAAUCCACUAACCUUCCCUGGGUUAUCUUACGAUAAAAAUGUCGAACGCACACAUAUCAGUUUCUAUCAAUCCUCUGAUGGUGCCACUAAAGCGUGCCCAUAAGGCUGAAGGCUCCUAUGUCAAGCACGGAACAGGUCGCCAAGUUCACAGAGAGGUUGAGGCUAUGGAAUUUGUUCGCCAACAUACAUCUAUUCCCAUCCCCUCCGUUUUCGAAACAUAUGUCGACGAGAACGAUGAGAGUCGAAGCAGCUGGUUCUCUAUGAGCGUGAUUCCUGGAAGUCCUCUCACGGAUGCUUGGCCCAGCAUGAACGAGGAAGCACGCACAGCGACCCAGGCAGAUCUUCGCAGCUACCUCGACGAACUACGGACCGUGCCGUCUCCGACGCCAGCCUCCAUCGGGUCUUGUAGCGGUGGUUCAGCAUACGACCAUCGCCUCAACAAUGGCCAUCCUUGUGGACCCUUCGCUUCAGUAUCGGAUUUUCACGAUUUUCUUGUGGUCCCUGUGGCCAGAUGUCCUCGGAAAGAGCUUGUUAAACACUAUCGCCAACAACCUGCAGAUGAUCAGGGGGUUGUUUUUACCCACGCUGAUCUGUGUGGGGAUCAUAUAUUUGUCGAGCCAACAACUGGAAAGGUCACUGGGAUCAUUGACUGGGAAAUGGCUGGUUGGUGGCCUGCAUAUUGGGAGUAUACUAAAUCACGGUUUGGCAGUAGAUACCAAACAUGGUGGAAGACACUGGUAGCUCAUGUUUUGGACCCAUACGAGCGUGAGUUUCAGAUUGAAGAUGAUCUGCAGCAGUUCUGAGUGAAGACGUAUCAUUGUAUAAUUCAUUAUAUAAUUUAAUCUGGUUCAAUUACGACGUCCAUGAAUAUUGUUUCUUAGGGAGCAAGAAUAACAGUAGUAGUUAGUAG